AGCUUUUACACCUUCCGGAGCUGGGGAGGAAGUUGCAGAACACCCCUCUGGAAGAAAGAAGCAGAAGUCUGUAAACAUCCCUUAACCAACUAAGGAUACUCGCUUCUGCUGGAGUUGCUUGCAAAAAAACAAAGCAUAACAAAAAAAAAAAAAAACCCGCUGAGAACAGGAGGGGUAGGGAAGAGAACGAGAAAUGGCCACCACUGUGACAGACUGUGGAAAUGUAAGGAUCAUCACACAAGUCAUCCAGCAGACCAGCCCACAGGCAGAGGCGACUGCAGCCAAUGUACCUGGGUCUCCUUCCAUGACUUCACAGCUCACGCCAGCCCAGAUCAAACACUUCAAUAAUACACUGUCAAAGGCACUUGGGGUUGUAGAGAUUGUUUUGGGAGCAAUGCAGAUCAGCUUUGGCUUGGCUUUAACACCAGCACAAGAAAAAUUUAAGAGCAUCACCGUGAUAAGUGGAGUCUACUUCUGGAUUGGGAUCUUGCUCCUGUUCUCUGGCUCAUUGUUAGUGGAAAUGGAGAAAAGAGAACUUCGGUGGCUGGUGAAAGCCUGCUUUUUUGCCAACUUCGUGGUCCUUAUAGCUGCAUUGGUUGCAGUAAUCCUCCAUGCUACUGAUAUUCUAGAGGAUAGAAAAGAAAGUCCUUGUACAGAAGACACUCCUACAUAUUAUUGCAACAAUAAUGAUCAGAAACUGUCAUAUGGCCUGAAUUCCGUGUUUAUCAUCUUUUCGCUCCUCGAGGUGUCCAUAGCGGUCACUGCCAUGGUGAUUACAUUCAAGACUACAAGACAGCAGCUUUAUCAGCAGAUGAGAUGGUAAGGAAGGAGCCAUCCAAACAACUAACCACUGGACUUUCUGGAUUUCUGCCAACACAACUUUAAUUGAUGGAAACUUUUUUGGAAUGAGGAACUGAGAACCAUGUGAACAUCUUAGGGGCAACUAAAAUUAAACAAAAUUGCACAACUGUGGAUUUUGGAUUUAAAUCACUGAUGAUGAUAUGCUGUGCUUAGCAAAAGACCAAAGGGCACAGGACAAUAGAUGGCAUUCUUGUUUUAUAAAAAGCCCAGGGAGCCUCAGCUAUUGGACUGUGUAGGAAUGUAAUGAAUACAUAGACUAAUGUGACUUUCUAUUCAUGGCAAGCAAACAAGUUAUUUGGUCUGGAACUGUGAUGAAGUUUGUUAAAGUCUGCCUGCAUCAUACUGUAUUAUUUCAAAAGGCAGAAGAAUUGAAAGAGAAAUUAUAAGCCAGUUUAUACAUUUAGCGAAAGGAAACAGUAACACUGCUCCUAACAGACUUGGUUGGACAUGUCUCCCUAUGCACAAGAUACUUACUUGGUGCUUAGCAAACCCUACUGCAAGAACCACCCCUACCAGUAAUGUCUCCGAUUCUUUUUCUCUAUGGUUUCAAGGAGGAUCCAGUUAUUUUGACCUGGGUCAAUUUUCACCUGGCUGUCUCUGCAUAAAAUUGUAAAAACAACUCUGUUUAUUGACUUGGGCAAGAUCUACACUACUGCUUUAUAGUGGAAUUGAACUGCACUAACAACUGUUGGGGCCCAUGACACAUUCCAUAUACCUUUUUCAAAAUGCUUUCAAAGUGUUAUGAGCUGUGAGACAGAGGGCCAGUUCACACGUCACAUUAAGCCAUGUGGAAAACAAGCCAUGGCGGGUUGGUUAAUCGCUCACUAAGCCACACUGCUGCUGACAGAUAAGCAGGUGCUUGCUGGCUUACAAUGGGUUGCUUACUUUUUUAGGACAAGCUGGCUGAGGGUUUUAUUUUUAUUUUAUUUUAUCACUUUAAAAAAGCCUCCUUAACUGCUCUUUGCAGCUGGAGACAAGCAAUGUUCCUCAUCCUAGCAUAGCUAUGUAUGUUUGCAUUAUUGACUUACCUCUGGCUAAGCACAUGUGGCUCCAAUCUGGGACCAUGGUGAUUCAGGGGGAGGAUUUAAGCUUCUCCCCUCCUAUUUUCAUUCCGAAAUUCCCCCAUAAACUCACUGGCUGUAGGCUUAGGCCAACAUGCUCAGCUGUAUUAUAGCUGUACAAAGAACAUCCAGGCAAUGACUUGGCAUAGCUAUGUGUGAUACCUGCAUAGACAUUGUGGCUGAGUUCACAUGUAACACUAAGCCAUGAUAGGUUGCUAACCACUAUGCAUCGUAUAUUAUCAAGACAGUCCACUUUGCCUAUUCUGCAGAACAUGGGUUCUCAAGAGUGGUGUGUUUGGGUAGAUUAACCCAAUGUGGUUGGUGGAAACAUCUGGCAGACAAUACACGAACCCAUCAUGGGUUCCGCCAGAAAAUAACCCAUCAUGGCUUAGCAUAAGGUACGAUCCCAGCCUGUGUGUGUUCUUCCUUCUUUACAGUUUUUGACACAGCAGGGAACAGAGAAUUGAGCUCUUCCAAUAAAGGAAAAGGCCAAUAUGAACUGCCAUAUUCAUUUAAAUUAUGUAUAGAGAUAAGCACCUAUUCUAAAGCAUUGCACUAAUAUUACUCUAAAGAAUGUAUUACUAGCACUGGGUGUUUUUCAGAAUUUUUUGUGUUUUGCACCUAAUACUUUCAUAUUUUUUUUAAUGUAGUAUCUCGGUCCUGACUAUUGAGAGUUAUUAUAUAGCACCUAUUUGCCUUCUGCAUUCAGAAUAAAAUAUAUUUGUCACUUGGUGUGUGAAGAGUUUGGUUAAUAAAAAUAAAUUCCAAACUUUC